AUUGCUUUUUCUUUUUCUUUUUCCUUUCUUUUCUUCCUCACCAGCCGCGUGUUUCUGCUUCUGCUUCUCCCUGAUGCUCUGCCCCCCGACCCUCUACACCCGAGAAGCCCCCCAACUACCGCCACCCAUUUUUCGGCCGGAAAUCCGGCAAAGCUUGGGGAUUUCUCCCUAUUUUCUUGUCUUAGAACACCUGUUGAACCCAGAAAAUCCCAGAUCUGCGUCUUCCUCCCUCUGCUAUCCGUCGGCUUCAACUUGUGGGUUUGAAAUUUCUGGGCAUUUUUCGCCGCGAGUUCCCCUGCAGAAUUUCUUCUUCUCUGCCGCCGGCUUCUCCCCCUUGCUAGGUUCAGUUUUGCUUGCUGAAUUCCGGAAGCAAAACCGAGGACGGGGAAACCAAGGGGGAGUGACGAAUUAGAAGGCUAGCCACCUGGAAUUUGAUAUAGAUUUUAGACACAGAUUAUGAUCUUGUAAGCUGGAUUGUAGUUGGAGGUUUAUAGCUUCAUUUAAUGGAUUGUUAGUUUAUAAGAGAUUUGAUCUGGAGAUUUGAGUUAUUGGAUUGUCAAAUGUGAUUUGGAUAAGUUCCGAGCCUUGUGCAUUCGUGGGACUCGAUCACGAGUGCACGGCGUCUGUCGCGUCUCCGAAUUUGGGUUCUGGGGCGUGAUAGUUUGUGUGGCUAUUGAUUAGGGGGAGAGUUCUCACAAAUUCUGUAUGCUUUGCUCGGCACAUAGUAGCUUCUCCAACCUGUCCGAGAUGUGAGUCAUCCAUUGAAACUCCUCUCCAUCUAUUACGUGACUGUUAUUUUGCUAAGGUGGUUUGGGGAUGUUUGGGGUUUACCACUUCAGAGUUUUUUACUUUGGAUUACAUAACAUGGCUAAAGAAAAUGUAUAGGCCUCCAAGCUCUAAUGCUCAGGAUACCUUGCCUAGAAACACUUUGUUUCUCUCGACGAUAUGGCAUCUUUGGAAGGCUAGGAAUGCACUUAUCUUCAUAUCGUUUGUCUCUCGACCUCAGGACCUAUGUUCCACUAUUGUACAGCAUGCUCAGUACACACAACUAGCCAUGUGUCCUCUGCAUUCCCAUCCUAAACUUCCCCGCUGGGUUCGUUAGGUACCACCAGAAGAGGGUGUCUUUAAGUUAAACACAGAUGGUUCUUAUAACCAUGAAAUGGCUUCUACAAGUGCCGAUGGUCUGAUCAGAGACACAACAGGACGUUGGAUUUCAGGCUUUAUUGUCAAUAUAGGCAGUGCGUCAGUUCUUCUAGCAGAAUUGUGGGGAUUAAGAGAAGGGCUUCGCCUUUGCAGAGCCAUGGAUCUCACCCAUGUGGUAGCUGAAAUGGAUUCUAUGAUUGCUGUCCGAUUCAUCAAUGAAGGCCGGGAUCUAGAAAAUUUAACUACCAAUUUGUUACUUGAUAUACGAAAUUUGAUGGUUGAGUUUGAGGUUUGCACUUUACAGCACACAUUACGUGAAGGUAACUCUGCAGCUGACUUUUUGGCUGCUUUGGGACACUCAUCUCCACCAGGCACCACCAUUUUGGACUCUCCACCAGCAGGACUACACUCUAUCCUGAUAGGGGAUUCUAUGGGGGCUAGUUUCCUCCGUUACUAGUUUUUUCUUUAGUGUUAUUUUCUUAGUUACUCACUGGUGUACCAAAAAAAAGAGUAUAGUGAUGCGCCAAAACUAUUCUUAUUCUCUCAUGAUAAUGAUUGGAAUUGGGAUUAUACCAUG